UAUCGUGUGCGAGAGAGAGAGAGAGGGUGAAAAUGAGCGUAAUGAAGAAUUUCUUGAAUGUGAUACUUAUCCUUUGUGUAUGUCUAAAUUGGCGUUUUACCGAAGGGGCUGAGAAAAAAGAGAGUGGAAAGGCUGAUUCCUACACCUUUCAAGUCAGCUUUCUAUUUCCUUCAUCUUCAACUUGUGUUCUUUCUUCAAAAGCCCCUAAUACCAAAUCGUCGAUUCGUGUGGUUCACAUGCAUGGCACGUGCUCGCAUCUAAGGAGCAACAAAGAUGCGAGUCUCGACCAUGACGAAAUCCUCAGAUGCGAUCAAGCACGAGUGGAGUCCAUUCGCUCCAAAUUGUCCAAGAAGAAUAACGCAGAUGGAAUCAGCAUGAUCAAGUCAACCGAGCUACAGGCUACGAUCGGAAAGACACUCGGUUCAGCCAACUACAUCGUUACAGUAGGAAUCGGGACACCAAAGCACGAUUUAUCGCUGGUCUUCGAUACUGGAAGCGAUUUGACGUGGACUCAGUGCCAGCCAUGUCUUGGAAGCUGCUAUUCCCAAAAGGAACCAAUCUUUAACCCUUCUUCAUCUUCUUCUUACCACAACGUCUCGUGCUCAUCUCCAAUUUGCAAAACCGGUGCUUGCUCGGCUUCCAACUGCGUAUACGGAAUCCUUUACGGCGAUAAUUCGUUUACCCGAGGAUUUCUCUCCAAGGAAAAAAUUACCCUAACCAACUCUGAUGUCUUGGACGAUGUUUACUUUGGUUGCGGUGAGUACAACAAAGGGCUUUUCUUCCGUACUGCUGGGAUUCUUGGCCUCGGUCGUGGCAAAUUCUCACUUCCGUCACAGGCAACAACGACUUACAACAAUAUCUUCUCCUACUGCCUCCCUUCUUCCCCAAGUAACACCGGUCAUCUUACCUUUGGAUCCGCUGGAAUCUCUAAUUCCGUUAAAUUCACCCCGAUUUCUUCCUUCCCAAGCCCAUCCAGCUAUGGCAUCAAUAUUGUAGGUAUCAGUGUAGGCGAUAAGGAACUAGAGAUUACUCCAGCUUCAUUCUCGACGAAGGGUGCUAUAAUAGACUCCGGUACGGUGAUUACUCGCCUCCCUACCAAGGUCUACGCGGAACUGCGGAGGGUGUUCAAGGAAAAAAUGUCGAGUUACAAGGCUACGUCGGGACGCUCUAUUUUUGAUACAUGUUACGAUUUCACUGGCGUGGACACAAUGACAAUCCCCAAGAUUGCAUUCUCCUUGGGCGGUGGCACCGUCGUAGAACUUGGUCGAAUGGGGAUUUUGUAUCCGUUGACGCAGUCACAGGUUUGUUUGGCGUUUGCAGGGGAGGAUGACCUUCCGGCCAUCUUUGGAAACGUUCAGCAGAAGACACUAGAGAUUGUGUACGACGUGGCUGGUGGACGAAUCGGGUUUGCUUCCAAUGGUUGUAGCUAAUGAAUAAUGGUGAUAGAAAGAGAGAGAGUGAGUAUUAGCUCGAUUGUGUAUGUCUGUGAAGUAAUCUUAAAUUUUUUUUUUAUAAA